AGAGCUCAACUUCUUCUCUUCCAUGUCUCUCUCUCUCUCUCUCUCUCUCUCUCUCUCUCUGACAUAUACGAAGAAGCGGACCUUCCCUUUGCUCUCAGUCUGUCAACCCCUCCGGAGCUUCGCCUCCAUGUGAGCCACCGCUCUCGAGCUCACAUGCUCCGAUUCGCCGUGGGGAUCAAAGACUAACCUCAAUUCGUCGCCCUUUCACCUCCGUUUUCUUCUUCUUUCCGUCCUGUGCGAGGUGUGAGUGAGUUUCGGUCAUGGCGGGUCGCAGAGAUGGCUCGCUGAUGCGGGAGAAAGGCCAGAGCUUCCGCGGAUCUCGGAUUGCGGUCGCCAUUGCGGUGGGAGUCCUGCUGGGCUGCGUCUUGGCCUUGCUCUACCCUAACGGCCUCUUCAGCUCCAAUCCGCCCCGUCAAUUGCAGAAGCUCUCCAGAUCGGGUCUCCAGACUGCUUCAUCCUCAUGUGAAUCUCAAGAACGGGUUAAUGCGCUGAAGUCUGAUAUUGCCUCACUGUCAGAGAAGAAUAUGGAGUUGAAAAAGCAGGUCAGAGAGUUAACUGAAAAGUUACGACUGGCUGAGCAGGGACAAGAUAAUGCGCAGAAGCAGUUCUUAGUCUUGGGUGAGCAGCACAAAGCUGGGCCUUUUGGUACUGUCAAGGGUUUGAGAACUAAUCCGACAGUGAUUCCCGAUGAAUCUGUGAGCCCGAGGCUUGGUAAGUUAUUGGAGGAAGUCGCCAUAGGAAAGGAGCUUAUAGUAGCACUUGCUAACUCCAACGUGAAGGACAUGUUAGAGGUUUGGUUCACAAGCAUUAAGAAAGUGGGCAUACCUAAUUAUCUGGUUGUAGCAUUAGAUGAUGAGAUUGCAGAGUUCUGCAAAGCAAAUGAAGUUCCGAUGUAUAAGAGAGAUCCAGAUCAGGGAAUCGAUACAAUAGGGAAGACAGGAGGUAACCACGCAGUCUCAGGCUUGAAAUUUCGCAUCUUGAGGGAGUUUUUGCAGCUGGGAUACAGUGUUCUUCUCUCAGAUGUAGACAUAGUAUACUUGCAGAAUCCGUUUGAUCAUCUUCACCGUGAUUCUGAUGUGGAGUCAAUGACCGAUGGUCACAACAACAUGACAGCCUAUGGAUACAAUGACGUCUUUGAUGAACCUGCGAUGGGCUGGGCUCGGUAUGCCCACACGAUGAGAAUAUGGGUUUACAACUCGGGUUUCUUCUACAUCAGGCCCACUAUCCCUUCCAUUGAGCUUUUAGAUCGUGUGGCUGGUCGGCUCUCUCGGGAACCAAAUUCUUGGGACCAAGCAGUCUUCAACGAGGAGCUAUUUUUCCCUUCACAUCCUGGAUACGAGGGGCUCCAUGCGGCCAGGAGAACUAUGGAUUACUAUCUUUUCAUGAACAGCAAGGUCCUCUUUAAGGAGGUUAGGAAGGACGCUAAGCUCAGCAAGUUGAAGCCAGUCAUUGUUCACAUCAACUAUCACCCAGAUAAACUUCCGAGAAUGAAGGCGGUUGUGGAGUUCUAUGUCAAUGGUAAGAAAGAUGCGCUGCAGCCUUUCCCGGAUGGCUCACAGUGGUAGGUAGGAGCAAAACCAUAUGCCAUCUUGUCCUGAGCUGCAAAUGUUGUUUCUCUUGUCGCUUGGGUUUACUGCACACAGAGGUAGGUCCAAUCUGAUUGCACUUCCGAACUCAACAAGAAAUGUUUCAUCUGUAUUUUACACACGAGUUUUCCUUUUGAACAAACAAUGUGAGGCUUCUUUUGUCUAGUACGUACCCUGGAUCGAGUGGUUUACUUCCUUUUUUAAGGAUCAGUUACGAUAUGCCGAUAUAUAUUGUAGUUUUCUAGCA